AUGAGUCGCCCUCCGAGUCGCCAGCAUGCCGAACCAGAGGUCAUCUGGUCAAUGCCGUGCGCAGAGAUGCUCAAGGAGGUCGUCCGGCUGAUGAAUGCCCACAACCCUCAUGCGCCGCUCGGCUUGACUCCGAUCGAGCAGGAGGAUGUCAACCGAUAUAUGCAGCUGGCUUGGAACCACCGUCGUGAGGGGAAACUGCUUCCAAACGGCUCGUCAGCUGCAGAACACGAAUGGCCUCCCACCGAGGCAAUGCUCGAGCACUGGCCGCGGACUCAUCGUGUCGAAUGGAUUGAAGAAGUCGUGAGUAUUGAGUUUGUGCGAGACCAAGCUAUCAAACGCGUCAAGCAGCAGAGCACGGAUAUCCUCUUUGACCCGAGCACAAAGGCUCUACCCUUCGUCAAGCGCAGCGGUCGGAAACAUCCCGAGACUCACCGCUUCACUGUCGCCGACUGUCUCGCUGGCUUCCAUCACUUCCACGACGCUCCAGGAGGGUUCGCAGAACAAGAGGGAGGAGGUUUCUAUGUUCAUCCUUCGGGGCGCCCAUCCUCGACCCAUUCGUCGCCCAUCUCGUCUCCCGUCGCGGCCUCACCGCCGCGAUUGACCAGUCGAGUGUCCGGCUACUGGGGGGAGAUGCCGGCCGACAUGUCGGAAGCUGGGCGAGCACAUCGAGAAGGACGCCCUACAUCCUCGCACUCGGCCCACCAUCGUCCGCAACUUGAGGAGCGACCGGCUUCCCCCGCGCGACACGGCGAGCAGCAUGCUUAUGAGGCGUACCCUGCUCCGCCACGCCACCAGGGACAAGGCGAGGGUUCUGCCAGCUCAGCAUGGGAGCGCGUUGGCCGCCGUCAAAACUCAGUUGAAGCGCAGGAGCUUUUCCGCCACAACUCGCAACCCCCAAAUCACCUUCACCAGACGAACACAUUGCCUGUUCCGCCUUCGCACGCCCUUCACCACUUUCGCUCGAACCCGGACAUGCCGUAUCGCGCCUACACCGACCCGACGCAACACGCGGUGAGAGCGCUAUCAACUUGA